AUGAAGAUUGAGCCAAAAGAUUACGACUUCAUCGUCGUAGGAGCUGGAUCUGCUGGAUGUGUUGUUGCAAAUAGACUCUCAGAAAACAAACAGUGGAAUGUAUUGCUGCUUGAAGCAGGAGGGGAGGAGCCAGUUGCGACUAAAAUUCCUGGUUUUACCUUAAAUCUUGAAAAAACAGUCAUCGACUGGAAUUACACAACCCAAGCAGAAGAAGGAUCAUGCUUAAAGGACAAAGGCUGCAGUCUGCCUCGUGGAAAAGUAAUGGGUGGUUCAAGUACCAUAAAUAGGAUGAUGUACAUCAGAGGUAAUAAAGAAGAUUACAAUGAUUGGUCCAAACUGGGAAAUACUGGAUGGAGCUAUGAUGAAAUUCUACCUUAUUUUAAAAAGUCAGAGGACAACAAAGACCCAAUGAACCCAGGCUAUCAUGCAAUUGGAGGAUAUCUCACAGUUUCAAAAUAUCCAUUUCUCUCUCCAGCAGGAGCAAAAAUAGAAAAUGCUUUCAACGAACUCGGAUAUCCAACCAUAGACGUUAAUGGCGAAAAUCAAAUAGGAAUAACUAAUACACAAGUCACUAUGAAUAAUCAUGUUCGUGAAAGUACCAGUUCAGCUUUUAUCCGUCCAAUUAGAGAAACAAGGCCCAACUUGAUAGUCAAGAAUGAGAUCUACGUAACAAAAAUUUUGAUAGACCCAGUAACGAAACAAACCACUGGUGUUGAAUAUAAAUCUACAAAAACUGGCAUUAUUCAGGCGGUAAUGGCAAAAAAAGAAGUGAUUGUAUCAGCAGGUUCUAUAAACUCUCCAAAGUUACUGAUGGCUUCGGGUGUGGGACCAGCUGAGGAACUUGAAAAACAUGAAAUUAAAGUCAUUCAGAAUUUAGCAGUCGGACAAAAUUUUCACGAUCACUUCGCCACUAGUGGUGUGUCGGGUAUAAUAAAAAACGUAAACUCCGACGGUAUUGACGAAUGCAAAGAAAAAGUAGGAAACUUGACUUACUAUUUAACAACAAAAGAGGGAACUUUCUCCGCAAUGGGUCCAGCACUUCUCUCAGCUUAUGUUCGUACAGAGUUUGAAAAGAGGAAAGAAGUCCCGGAUAUAGAAUUGAUUGUGCAGAGUAAAUCGGAUGAAAAUAAAUUCUCUAUCAUUACGGUGUUGCUCGCCCCCAAGAGUAGAGGAGUAAUCAAACUUAAUAUUACAGAUCCAGUAUGGGGGUCACCUCUGAUCUAUUCUGGAUUUUUGCGUGUCGAAGAGGACCUAAAACGUAUCAUUCAGGGUGUUCGAAUUGCUAGUAGCAUAUUUAAUACAGAAACUAUGAAAAAGUAUAAAUACGAACUUGAUGAAAUCCCUUUGCCUCCUUGCGAUAAGAUAACAUUCAACUCUAAUGAAUAUUGGGAUUGUGUCGUAAGACAUUUAGGUAUUUCAUUUUACCAUGCUGUUGGAACCUGCAAAAUGGGUCCUAAAGAAGAUUCGGAAGCUGUCGUUGAUCCGAGAUUGAGGGUUUAUGGAAUCAAAGGAUUAAGAGUUAUUGAUGCGUCUGUCAUGCCAGUUGUUCCGAGAGGAAAUAUUAAUGCUCCAACGAUUAUGAUUGCUGAAAAAGCUAGUGACAUGAUUAAAGAAGAUUGGGUGUCUCAAGAAAAUCUUGGAAGCAUUGUUGUCGCUGUUUCUCAAUGCCAAUUGGGCAAUUUGAAAAAGGUGAAGAAAAGAUUGUUGACAAAUUCACACACAUAG